CCAAUAUUUGCUUAUGGAAAUAAAGGGGAGUGACAGGGGAGAAGCAGAGAGGAAUGGGGGAGGGGCUUGAGGCUUGGGAGCUCUGACCACAGCCCAGUGCGCCUGUAACCUUGUCUGAUGUGAUCAUUAACCUUUUCUGGAAAAAGCAGCCGGCAGCCCUCUGAGGUCUGUCUGUAGGAUGCGGGGUGAGCUGGACAGAUACUGCGCAGACUAUUUACAGACGAUUCCUUUACUUGGAGAGCUUUUGUUCACUUGUGUGUGAAAAGAAAAAAAAUGAGAUUUCAGCAUUAUUUUUUGGUAUUUUUUAUUUUUGCAAUGAGUCUUCUUUUUAUCAUCGAACAGAGGCCAGUUAAUUUUCCCAAGAAAAGAAAAGCGUACAGACACAACUGCUUCCGAAGGAGAUGUGUUUCACUCCAUUCCCGGGUGCCCUUCCCCUGAGAAAAAUCUCUGAUUCCGUUGGUUCCACCAGAAGAAGAGCGAAAGCAAAGAUGUCCACCCAUCCCAAAACCACCUCAGCCUGGCGACAGUGUGGCAGCUCCUGCGCAAACGGAUGUUGUUGCAAAGUACCUCGGAUGGCUUCUAGGCUCUUGAGACGGUUCCUCCUGGAUUUUCUUUGACAAGAAAGUAAUAUAAAUGGAAAACAGACUAGGUUGGAGCACACUCACUUGUCCGUAUAACAAUCCCUCAUCUUCUACACAUUAUUUUAUUGGCAUAUAUUCAUUAUACUGUGAUGGGUUUCAAAAAGAUAUUUACCUACAAGUGUGUCAUGUACGUUGACUAUAUUUACACAUGUACAUCAUGUACGUUGACUGUACUUACACGCAUGUACAUUAUAUGUAUCGACUAUGUUUGCACACGUGUACCCUCCCCUUUCUCUCCCUUCACCCUCCUUUUCAUUCGCCCAGUUUUGUUUCUCCUUUAAUGGCGUGUACACGUCAGUGAUUUUAAUUGCACAUUAUUCUUCUUACAUGGAUUAAAAAGAAAACCACUUCUCUAAUAUUACAUUUAUGUGUUUAUUGAGUGUGGACGGGCGCCUCCGUGUGAUGGUAUUGUGUGGAGCUCAGAGGACAGCUUCCAAAAGCCAGUUUCCUUCUACCAUGUGGGGCCUGGGGAUCAAA